ACCAGCGGAUCAGUUGAUCAUUUUCACUCUGUUCAAUUCGGUCAAAUAUCACAACAAAUUACCCAAAAUGCGGUCAAAAAUAGGCCUCACAUUUUUGGCUCUGUCUUUUUUUGCUGUUUGCUCUGCGAGAUCCGCAAACUCCACAGGAGCUCGUUUUUCAUACGUGUCGACCUACUACGAGACAUCAGCAGAAAUGCCAUCGAAACUGAAACUAGCGAUUAGUAAUAGAACUAACUUUGCGUUUGUGUCUGAACUUGGAGAACACAGACCGCAGGGACUCGACGUCUCGGCUGCAUAUGAGAGGAUCACACAGAACAUCAUGGACAUCAAGUCAGAAAGGUUAUUCGGCAGCACUCAACACUUGGAAGAAAAUGACAGUCUGGUCAAAUACCUUGCACAUAUGUUUCAAUUUGGAAAACACACACCAGACUGGGUCAAUAUAUCUGCAUAUGAGACCACCAGAAGCAACCUGAUCGAUGUCGAGUGGGAAUGGAGAUUCGGCAGCUCUCAACACCUGACUGAAAACGACAAUCUGCUCAACAAAGUUUACGUGGAGCGCAAAGCGAAACUGCUGGAAAAAGGCUUCGACAACGAGACCCUCUUCCGUCACUCCGAGUACUUCACCACACGACACUUCACAAACCGGCCGACCAACGCUGUUUACGAGAUCAUCCGACGACUUCCGAAGGGUGCUCUGCUGCACGCACAUCAGUCGGCAACUCACGACUUGAACAAAUAUCCGAAACUACUGCUUAGCAUCGAAGGCUGUAAGAUAUGCGAGGGAAACGGUACCUAUGUGUUGAAUUACUUCGACGAAGGAGUGAAUGAAUCUGGAGAUCACGUGACAUGUCGAAAAUGUCCCACUGAGACCAAUAAAGCUGCUUACAAGGAGGAACUGAAGACAUUGACUGCCCAGCUGAGCAUGUACGAUGGAACCGACUACAACAAGGAGACAAUCCAGUACAUCUGGGACAAGUUUGAGAACAAGUUCGGACCCACUGGCGGUGCCAAAGAUGCAUUCCAUGUCUGGAAAGUAAUGUUGGACUCCACUUUGGAUCUACUAGUCGAAGACAACAUUCAAUAUGCCGAGUUCCGAACCGGGUUUGGUGACUUGAUGCUCAAAAAUGGAACGGUGGUUCCUUAUGAUGAGGUUCUAGAGUACCUGGAGGAGCGAAUUGAGUUCUACAGAAAAAAGCAUCCCAAUUUCUAUGGGAUCAAUUAUAUUUUGUCGAAGGGACGAGUAGGUCUUACGGACGAGAAGCUGCGAAUGAAGUUGGAAGCAGCCGACAAGUACUUCAAGAGUUCUGAUCUGGUCCGAGGUUUCGAUCUCGUCGGAUCCGAAGAGAGCGGACGGACACUUAAAUCUGUGUUGCCCGUUUUGCUGGACUGGAGAAAUAAGUCUCAGAGUACCAUGCCAUUUGUGUUCCAUGCUGGAGAGACUCUCUGGACUGGGUUUGAAUCGGACCAGAAUGUGAUCGAUGCGGUCAUGUUGAAAACUAAAAGAAUCGGUCACGGAUACGCUCUGGAUGCCCAUCCCUUGAUGCUCGAAUUAGUACGGGAACUAGAAAUUGGACUGGAGCUAAACCCUAUUUCUAACCAGGUGCUGGCACUAGUUGAUGACUUGAGGAACCACAGAAACAAGCGACUCCUCGACUCUGCCAACAAGCCUGGACUCCUUUCGAACAAACCACUCCGCUUCUCUGUAAACUCGGAUGACUGUCUCAUUCUAGGAACCAAGCCGAUGACGGAUGACCUUUACGCUCUGGUGAUGGCCAUGACUCAUAAGCAUAGUGACCUUCGAGUGCUGAAGAGAAUGGCCUAUGACUCAAUCUACAUUUCUCUCUUGACUGACAAGGAAAAGGCCCUCCUUACCUCUCGCUUCGAAAGAGAGUGGAAUCACGUGGUCAAACUCUUGCUUGAGGACUACAAAAACAAUUGACAUUGAGAACAAUGAACAUAAAAACAUGUCAAAAAUAUACCGGAAUACGUCAAAAAUGAACGAACAAUAACAAUCAAAACAACCAAUAACAAGAUUCUCGCAAAUUUUGUCUAAUUUGGAACCAAGAACUUCUGUUUUGUAAUUUUUGGCUAUUUUUAACAUUAUUUUAAUCAGAUUUGAUAAAAAUUCAAUCAAUAAACUGAGAUAAUUUGAUGAAGUGAUUUCAUAAAGUAUAUUCGGAUAUAAAU